AGCUGUUUGGGUGACUUUUGGUCCGAAAAGUCACCCAAACCGAAGAUCGACUGCAUCCGGCCGACUUCGUUGGAAUUGUCGUGUCCACCUUUGGUGUUUUGGUGCGAUUUUUGUGAGAUUUUUUCAACUUUUUACCACGAUUAUUGUGAAUUAGAUCAAUUAAUUGUGUGAAAAAACUCUCAGAAGUUCUUGUAGUUUUUGAUAAAUUAGCUAUUGGAGUUGUGGGUGUGGUGAAAAUAGGUGUUUUUCCCAAUUAAAAUUUGAGUUGUAGGGAAGAUCUGAGGAAAGUUUUUGGAUGCAUUGAAGUGGAAAGUUUGUUGCAUUUUGCGCGAGCGAGAGAGGAGGAAGAAGAAAAUGGAUGCAACAGUGGAAAAGUCCAAUCUUCCGUUUGUCCCAGGUCUUGUGGGUGAGAAAAAUGUUGAACCGAUGGAUGAGAAGGAUGUCCUGAUGGUGGAGGAGAUGAAGGAGAAAAAGGAGACCAAUGGAAAGGCCAUGAGGAAUGCGGCGGAAGUGGCGGCGGAAAAUGUGGAGGAGGAAAGUGCAAAAAGGGUUCAGGGAUUGGGACAUGAGGAGAGACACAGUGAGUCUGCAGAGACAGCAAAGACACCGGAGAAAUGUGAGAGUCCGAGUAAACAAUUGGACACAGAAGAGACGGCGGGACUUGAUGAAAAGUCCGACAAAGAAAGUGAGAAAAGUGACUGUGAAGAGAGUGUGAGUGUAAUAAACAAUGAAGCAGUGAAUGAAAGUGAAAAUGGAGACUUGUGCAAGGUGAAAGAUGCCGAGAGUGUUGAGUGCAUCAAAAUAGCCCUGGACGACGAUGACAAGGACAUCCAAGCAGUACAGGACAAUGGGAAGAUCCCCAAAGUGUCAAUCCAGCCACAAAUUGAUAUUCCACGGUAUUCACCGGCAAAAGUGAUGAGAAUUCGUAACAGCAACUGGAAGAGUUCAGCAGUGAUUCUCAAGAAGCGCAGCAUUAAAUGGUUGAAUAAAAAUCGAUAUCAAGUGUCGCGCGAGAGGAAUGCAUUUGAGCGGAAGGUGCAGAAGGGAUCACCAUUUAAUUAUGAGGCAUUCAUGGAGGAAGAGAAUGUUGAGUCUGGGAAGGGAUUCAAGGGGCAUAUGGAUGAGGAGGAUAUGGAUGAUGAUGAUGAGGAAGUGGAGGAGGAAGAGGUGGAAGAUGAGGAUUUUGAGAUGGAGAAUCAAGCCAAGAGAUCACGAAUAGACGAUGAUGUGGAGAUUGUUGUGGCCAAGAAGGUGAGAAAGAUGCCUGAGGGUGAGAUGAUGAUGAUAGAUGCAACGGCGGUGGGGGAGAAAGUGUUCUGUGAUAGGAAGAACGGCAAGAAGGGGAGGGAAGAGAGGGGAGAAGUAAAGAAGAUUGACCAGGAUGAUGAUGGAGGAAAUGAGAAUUUAGAGGCAUUUGAGCAGAAGAAGAGUGGUCAGAAGAGCACAAAGGCCGAUGGGAAAGAGAGAGAGGGAAAAUCAGCAACAAUCAACCUGAGUAUGAAUGACCCAAAUAUUCCACCCACUAAAAAGUUGUGUCUGGAGUUGGAGAUGAAUUUUGCAUCUCAUGACAAAAUACUCAAUGAAUACAUUGAGGGUACAUCGAAUGAGUCUGCCAGUGACAUUCAGCGCCACGUGGAACAAUUAAUUGUUGAGAUACAGACACUCAAUGAUAUGAUACGUGCUAAAGAACUAGAAUGGAAUAAUAUGGUACAUUUGAAAAAAGUCAAAGAGGAAAUUGUUGCAAGGCUCACGAGAAAGAGGCACGUACUGGAAUAUACAGCAUCAAAAUUUGGUUCAUCACUCGAUUAUACAGCAUUUGCUGGUGGCGAUGAUGUCCACAAAUUGACCAAGGAUUCUAAAAAUAUUCCCGAGAGUUCAAUGACAAAGCUCACACAGGCCAUUCUACUCAAUAGAGCCAACGAACAGCAAAAGAAUAAUUCCAAUUCAGCAGAAUCCAGGAAUGCACAACACUUGAAGACGAAUGACGGCAAUUCUUCGCAGUCUGCCCAAUUUCUCUCAAACACGGGUGAAUCUGGACGAAAUCGUUCCACCGAAGGCGUUCUUACAGCUUCUCAGGCACAAGCAUUUGCUAAUGAUUUGUUCAAUGGGCACAAUACGCGAAUGACUCAGCAAAUGGGUCGUCAGGGUGCAAUCAAAGAUGUUAAGAGUAUUAUUGCUGACUACCGUCAGAGGCAUCCGGAGAUUGUUCCGCGACGUGGUCGAAGGAUGAAGUCGAUGCUGGGGGAGAAUAGUUGUCAGAAGGAAAGUGGAAAUUCUCGACCCUCUAGUGCUGAUUCAUCACACAGCAAUGCAACAAAUAGCAAUUUUGCACCAUCUUCUGGGCAUCAGAGUGCAUCACAAUCUGGUACAAUUGGCAAUCUUUCCUUUAAGGAUGUUCUCGUGCAAUUUGCCAAAUUGAGCCAGAGUGAUCGACAAAUGAUCUCGACGGCGUCUGAGACAUCGUCUGCCAAUGCAAUAAGCAAUUCCUUGGGAAAAGCACCACCACCGUAUCCUGAGGUUACCCUCUAUCCGGUCAAUAGUCAAUCAAAUGACCAGAUUGUCCUCAAUAACACCAAUAACACUCACUCCAAUUCCCUCCUUCAUGGUAUACUCACAAAGAGUACAACAAGACCAAAUUCAUCAGGUUUCACGUCAUUUUCACCUACACUUGCACGCCUCCUAACAGCCCCUGAACGUAUAACAACAACUCCCCAAAAUGCUGGAGGGCAAUUUCAGCAACAAAUAAAUCCAGCACUCAAUCUAUCAAAGUCUCACAGUGAAAUAACAAUAACUCCUGUUGUGAAUCAGACAAAUUUGCAGCAGAGUCUGUUGCAGCAGCAACAGAGAUUUGACAAUUGCAAUUCGUCGAUGCGCAUGAAGCAGGAGAAUAUUUUUAAUAUUGACGAUGAAGCAGAUGAUUCGGCAGAUCGACUGGUUAUCGAUGAGGGCGGUGAUCGAAAUAUGAUGGAAUCUGGUUCGGCUAAGGAUCAACAAAUUAGCAUAGUGGGACAGGAAUUCCAUGAGAAUGAGGUACCAGAGUGCCAGGGAUGCAAGAAGCGUGAAGCCCAAUUUGUCUGUGCCGGAUGUGGGAAUCAAUGGUACUGCAGUCGAGAAUGUCAAGUUUCUGCGUGGGAUGAACAUUCGGAAGUUUGUACCGGUUAAGAAGGUUUCCGGUUUGUACAUCAUGUUUGUAUUACCAAUGUCUUCAGUGACAAGACGUUUUUUGUCCUUUUUUACUAAUGAGGAAGGGAGAGAGAAUAUGAUAAGAUGCAUCAUGCAAAGUAAAAUACAUUGAUGCUUAAUGCCAUUUAUUCUUAUAAAAGAAAAAAAAUAUUCCUUAAAAUUUUACUAUAUUAUUACUGAAAAAAAAAGAAGAUAAAAAAGUUUAUGAGUAGAAGUAGAGACCAUUAAAAAAAGAAGAAGAUCAUUUACAGUAAAAGAACAUUUUUAAAGAUAGUUGCCAAAUCAAUUUCGUAGACUGUAGGAGUGAUUUUUUUUGUAUACACUUGAGUAGCUUUCAAUGUGUCUGCUAUUUUAUUGAAUUUAUUGUGAAUCUGUGGGUAAUGAUUUUUUUCUUAUUUUAAUAAAAGUGAAGAAGAAAAAAAAAUAAAUAGGAGAUUCCUUUUAAUCUUCUAUGUGACUUGGACAUGAAUUGUAUAAUUAUUAUUUAUUUGAGCAAAUUUUCGAUUUAUUCAUCUUAAUAUCAUUUCAUUAUACACUUACCAGUCAAUUUUAUUAUGAUGAAAUAUUGAAGAUAUUUUAAGGCAUAUAAAAUUAAAGUGAACAAUUACAUUGAAGGUAUUUGCUUACAAAUAUUGAAAUAAUGUAAUGUAUUUGCUUUAUAUAUUUUAAAAUAUAUAUUAUAUUACAUAUCCCAAUAUAUACCAAUUAUACAAUGA